CUUCAUUAAUUUCUGAAAAAAGUAAGAAGCAUUAGAAUAGACUGAGCAAGAAAAGAACAAGAAGAAGGGAGAGAGUUGACUCAUUGAGUUACUGCAAAUUUUUGAGUGAGUUUAAUUAAAAAUGGAGGACCAGGAGAGGACUAGCAUAUUGGUGACAGUAACGAAGUCGAGCGAGAAAGGGUAUCCUUACCCCUCGAAAUGCAGCAGAGAAGCCUUCGAAUGGAUUCUUGAGAAUAUCGUUCGAACUAACGUUGGUCGUUUCGACCUUCUAUUCCUCCACGUCCAACACCCAAACACUCCUGACGCAGAAUACGUAGCAGCGGUUGACAUGCUGGAUUAUUUUGAUGAUAGAUGUAUACAGAUUGGGGUGGCUCAUUUCUCUUGGGUCGCUCGAGGGGUUGAUCCUAAAGUAGUUAUUUGCGAUCAAGUGAAACAAAUGAACGCAGACAUCCUCGUCCUGGGAAAUAAAAAACGUGCCUCCAUUCAGAGGUUUUUUAAUCGGGGCGAGAGUGUUAUUGAAUACUGUUCGAAGCAAGCUGAGUGUCAUGUUAUCACUGUUAAUGUAAAGGCAGAAGCAGCUCAAAGGUCUAUUGUCCUUCAGGAGGAAUUGGAUCCAAAUUCGUCAAGACGAAACCUGUUACCAUAA